AUGCCAUUAAAAUUUGAUCAGUCGAACAGUUUGCGUGAGAAAGACUCACGAAUAUCGAGCAGGUCAAAUUUCGAUACUGAAAGUAGCGCUGAUGAAAUGAAACCUCUCAAGAAUUUAUCAGAUGAAAGUGAUUUAUCGCGUUCAGUGAUGGCAUCUAUAUCAUCAGAACAGCAAGAUGAAGAUGUCUCAUAUCGAAACUCCUCGAUCAAAAAAUAA